AUGUGCAAUGGGGCGUUCUUCCGCAAGGAACCAAAUGAGGCUUUAUCAUUCUUCAAUUAUUUAGCUGAGAACGCCCAGCAAUGGAACACAUGUCAUGAACGAGCACCAAUAGCAGCACAACCUCUCCGAGCGAUUAGUGGUGGAGGCAGAUACGAGGUCAAAGAGGAAACUAGCUUACAGGCUCUUAUUGCUGCGUUGUCUAAAAAACUAAAGGUUAUGGAAUCAAAAAAAGUGAAAGCUGAGGAUUUCUCUAUCUGUGAGACCUCAGACCAUAGACCUCAGGACUGUCAAUUCCUACCAGUAUGUUGGCAGACUGAUCAGGCAAAGCUCUGCGAGGCAUUGUUGAGGAUUUAUUUGGUUCAGGUUGACAAAUUUUACUACCCCGAGGAUUUCAUUGUUCUGGAUAUGCAACAGCAUGUUUCUACCAUAUAUCAAGCUCUUUUCAUUCUUGGACAACCAUUCCUUGCUACUUCUAAUGCCCUGAUUAAUUGUCGAAGCAGAGUGCUUAAGCUCAUGUUUAGGAACAUGACAUUAGAAAUGAACGUAUUCAAUGCUCACAGGAUGUCAAGUGGGUGCGAUAAUGCAGACACACAUGCAGUCGAUCUAUCUGAGGUGCAUGUAUCUCCCUCUCCCUUAAAUGAUGAUUUUCCUGAUGAGCAUCUUUUUGCAGUGUCACGCGCUCCAUGGUUUGCCAAUAUUGUGAAUUACCUUGUCACCGACCGAAUGCCAGAACAUUAG